UCGAACAACUCAACUAGCUUCAUGAUGAAUUCAAAAAAAUCGAUGGAAGCAAACAACAAUAAUUUAAAGGAAGCGCUUUGUCUUCAACAACGGCUUCUUCAAAAACUUUAUAAUGAGUUGGAUGUUGAAAGAGAAUCUGCUGCUACCGCAGCUAGUGAAGCAAUGUCCAUGAUACUUCGUCUUCAAGGAGAAAAAGCUGCGGUGAAAAUGGAAGCCGAACAAUACAAAAGACUAGCAGAAGAGAAAAUGAACCACGCAGAAGAAUCUAUGGAAAUAUUUGAAGAAAUUAUGUACCAAAAAGAAAUGGAAAUCUCUUCACUAGACUACCAAGUUCAAGCCUAUAGAUACAAACUAUUAAGCUUGGGGUUUGAUGACCUUGGUGCCAAUGAGGUAAAGUAUCCAGAACAUCUAUUGCAACGAAAUGAAAGUUUAGGGGAAACAAGCAACAAAAACACUCCAAAACGGUUAAAGUUGCCUAACUUGAGAAGGGGCACUUUAGAAAGGGAUAGAUCUAUAACUGAAGAUCCUGAUGUGAUUGCAAAAAUAGUGGAAGAAAGUUUACACGAUGAUGAAAAUAAUCAAAACUUGGAUUUGGGGUUGGGGUGGAAGGCAGAUGGUUCUUCAUCAGUGGAUAUUAAUUCGUAUUUGGAGCAGAUUCGAAAAUUGGAUAAAGUAGUAGAAGAUAUGGUUGGAGAGCAAUUUUCUUGCCCAAACGGUAUAACUUCUAGAUGUUCUUCUACUCCAUCUAAGCUUAACGAAAUGGAUCUUGUACAAUGUCCAAAAAAGUUGAUGGACGAUAAGAUAGUAUCUUCCGAUACUUGUUCGCCCGGUGUGCAUGAUGUCUUUGAAGUCCCGCUAGUUGAUGAGACCCUUUAUAAAGAUGAUGAAAAAUCAAAUUUCAAAGACGAUGAAAGGGUCAAAAAGUUGGCUCCUAUUCCACCAUCACCUGAAGAAUCUUAUUAUAAAGAUGAACUUGACUUAUUGAAAAAGCCUCUUUUAUCACAACAAAAGGAGAAAAAAGUGUUUUUGCCUAAAGAUGGUAUCAAUGUCAACUGCCAUAUGGCUCUUGUUCAGCCAACUACAUAUGCUUCGAAGACUCAAGAAGCGUCACAACAAACAUACAUGGCAACGGAGAUAACAGAAGGUGAAACCAAGGUUGUACAACCAAAUGCAAGACAAGAACCUUUUAACACAAGAAGUGAACAAGAAUUGAGAUUAUUAUAUGAGAUUAAUGGAAAAUUGGAUUCAAUACAAUCAGAAAUUAGAAGCAGAUUAACAAAAAUCAAUAAAUCUUCUCCAAACUGUGACAUGUCCAUGAUUCAACUUAAAGAGGCAAUGUCAGAAUUCUGGUUUUGAGUACCUUCCUAUUCACUUAGUAAGGUCAUGAAUAUGUCGUGCAUUUUCAGCUACUUAUAACAUAAUUUACCAAGUAAGAGAAAAUUUCUUGUUUAUGGCAAUGUUUGACAUGUAACAAAAACUAAGUCUUAGCUAAAUAGCUGUUUCGUAUCAACACAAAGUCAAGGAACCUCAAACGCAGGUACGCUGGUGUUGAGCUCUAAAAC